GCUGGCUACACAGCGCCCCAAGUGGCUAAGAGCGGCGUUACACAGCAGCAGGAGCGCUGCGUUGAGCCGCUGUGGGCCGACAGGAGGGAUGUGACCCCGGAACAGGACGACACACUCCAUUCAAACACAGCGCACAAGAAAGAAAAGCUGGACCAGGAGGGAGCCACAGGAGCAGGGGGGAUGAACCGCGAGGAGGCCCCGGGAAAGUCUCCUGAAGACAUGUAUAUCCAACAGAAAGUGCGGGUCCUGCUAAUGCUCAAAAAAAUGGGAUCAAAUCUUACGCCAAGUGAAGAGGCUUUUCUCCGAAAUUAUGCUGGUGUGGUCCACAGUCAGAUGAGCCAGCUGCCACAGCACAGUAUUGAUCAGGGUGCAGAGGACGUAGUGAUGGCGUUCUCGCGGUCAGAGACGGAGGACCGGCGACAGUGACCACGAGCCCCGACCCGCAUCUGGCCUCACCCAGCCCCGGCCAAAUCCUCAUAUGUACGUAACACAGAAGAGUUCAAGAAUGGAGGAAGGAACCGUAAGGGGCUCGCUCUGUCCGUCUCCUCUCCAAUUUAAAGGAAAGCGGAUGGCCGCGGCUCAAGUGCUCGGUCAGCCGUUAAAGCGGCUGGCGGCCUUGAUGCUCAAAUUGUGUGGAUGAACAUCAAAUGUAGUUUCUUUUUUGUUAUUUUGUCGGUCGCGUGGUGGAUCAAGUGAGAAGCGGCGAUGUGUGGUGACUGCCGUGAUGAAUCUGUGGGGCCUCCUUUCUGAACACCAGCUGCUCCUUUAAGAAAAUUUGUGCCAUAAAGUCACUGCAGCGUUCACUUGUCCACCGAUCAUCUCGUCAUCUGUGGCAACUGCUGAGCAUUAUUUCCCCCCCACCCGGGUUUAGAUUUGUGUUGUUGACCAUCACAGUUUUAUCACAGAUUCCCUCAACACUAUGGAGGUGUGUCAGGUUCUGUCAAAGCACGUUUGAAUUCCUGUAUACAAGGUCAAAAACAUUGGUGCCCACACACUGUGGAGUUUGAAAGAGGGAAAAAAACCAAAAGCCUCGAAAGGCUAAAGGCUUUUAGGAACACUCAUUGUUCAAGAAUGAAAAUGGUUUUACAAACUGUACACAUGGCCUUUAUUCACUUUUAGUUGAACGCACAUGCUAAAUUGAGCAGUUAGUCCAUACAUGUUUGUGCGCGUGUGCAUGUUCAUGUUCACAGCUGGCCCACCAUUCAUCACCAGUCACCAAUUAUUGGGCAGGGUGACAGAUUCGGUGUGAUUUAUGGGAUCCCCCCUUUGAAACGAAGCCCCACGUUGCGCUUGUGCUGCUUUAUUUUUUAACGUGUGAAACAGGAAAAAAAAAAAAAAAGACACUACAAAACAGGUGCACAUUCUUAAAAUGUGGUUGUUACUGCAACGUGGAAGAAAAGUUUAUUGUAAAGUUACUUGGGAAUCCUGAUUGUGUGCUGUUUUUUUAAGUAACACAUUGAGACAUUGAGGAGAAAAAAAACCAGACAUGUAAUUUAUUGUUUACUAAACCGCUUCAUGUUAUUCAAACGCAUCAUUGCAGUGAUCAAAACAAUUUGGUCAUUUUUAACUACAAUCAACCAAAAUAGCACAACUGUGUGUGCGCAUUCUGUUUGUACUGUCUCUCUUGCACUAUUAUCAAUUGGCAUAUUGGCACAAAAACAUUUUGAUACACAGAUUGUGUUCAGACUGAAAAAUUUAAUAUUUUAAUUGACUUGGCCUAUCUUUACCAAUCAGUGUGCUUUUCUAUAGCCACACUCUGUAUUUAAUGUGUUUUGAGUACACUUUGUAUAACUUAAUGAUGUCAUUGUAACGUUUGAAAGUCAAGCUUGUCUUUGCAUCAGCUCACCUUGAUCGUCGUGCGCUUCAUAUUCCUAUUUUUCCUAAUGUCUUCACCAGCCAACGUGAACAGCCAGCAGAUGGGAUGACAAAGACAUAUCUGUUUACGUUUGUUUUCUAUUUGUCUAUGCAUCUGUUUUUUUUCCUCUCUUCUGAAGCUGUCUUACUGUACAUUUUGCUCAUCGAGGUUGUUCUGCAACCUUUUGGUGUGUGUGCGUGUGUGAGCGUGCGUGCGUGUGACUGAAAAAGAGAGCGCACGCUGCUGUUGGAUUUUUUUUACUGUGAUUUUUUUUUCCAUUUUUUAGAAGGUGUAACUUUGUAUAUUAUUUUAAUCUCGGUCAUCAUUGAUUAGUUGUUUGUUUUUUUGUUUGUUUUGGCUGCUGACAAUGUCUUGAUCUAAAGCUUCCAAACCUAUACCAACUGAAACAUUAAAGGCAUUUGAAACAGUAA